AUGGACUCGCGUACAUCUCGAGGCCCUGGCCGUGAGGAUCUGGCCAGAAGAAAACCGGAGCCUGGGCACCUAGGGGUUGUGUGCGGCGACGGGAGCCACAGUGAAGCUGCCGGUCCGGGAAGCUGCUUCCGCCCACGUCCAGAGCUCACGGAGGCGGUUCCCAGAGGCAGCCCUGACCGGGUGGUCCUUCCCCUCUCUCCACCUAGCGGCGGGAGCCUUCCCCGGGCGGCGCAGGAGGUGGGACGGGUGGAACCGGGGACUGCGCUGAGCAGCUGCGAAGGUUUUCCUGCCACUGGGACUCUGGCUGCGCUCAGCUCUUAUGGAAGUAAAAGUGAAAAUUGUACAACCAAUAGUUCUACAAGUGAAAAUCGUGCUUCGUGCUCUUUUUUUCCUCCAAGUGUAACAAACAUAGAUAAUUGCACCAUUGAAGUGGAAGCUCAAAAUGCAGAUGGUGUAAUUAAAUCUGAUAUGACAUAUUGGAAUUUAGAUGCCAUAGCAAAAACCGAACCACCUGGGAUUCUCAGUGUGAAACCAGUUUUGGGUAUCAAACGAAUGGUUCAAAUAAAAUGGAAAAGACCUGAGUUGGCACCUGCUUCAUCUAAUUUAAAAUACACACUUCGAUUCAGGACAAUCAAUAGUACCCGCUGGAUGGAAGUCAACUUCACUGAUAGGCAUUCCAAUACAGACCAAACCUACAACCUCACGGGGCUGCAGGCUUUUGCGCAAUAUGUCAUAGCUCUGCGAUGUGUGGCCGAGGAGUCAAGGUUCUGGAGCGCCUGGAGCCAGGAAGAAAUGGGAACAACUGAGGAGGAAGCUCCAUAUGGCCUGGAUCUGUGGAGAAUCUUGAGACCAGCUGAGGCAGAUGGAAGGAGGCCAGUGUGGUUGCUGUGGAAGAAUGCAAGAGGAGCCCCAGUCCUGGAGAAAACACUUGGCUACAACAUACGGUACUUUCCAGAAAACAACACUAACCUCACAGAGGCAAUGAACACCACUAACCGGCAGCUUGAACUGCAUCUGGGAGGCGAGACCUAUUGGGUGUCUGUGAUUUCAUAUAAUUCUCUUGGGGAGUCUCCAGUAGCCACCCUGAGAAUUCCGGCUAUUCAUGAAAAGUCAUUUCGGUGCAUUGAGGUCGUGCAGGCCUGCCUUGCUCAGGACCAGCUGGUGGUGGAGUGGCAAAGCUCUGAUCCGGAGGUGGACACAUGGAUGGUUGAGUGGUUCCCAGAUUUGGACGCAGAGCCCUCUGCUUUUUCCUGGGAGUCUGUGUCUCAGGCCAGGAACUGGACAAUCCAGCAAGAUAAAUUGAAACCUUUCUGGUGCUAUAACAUCUCUGUGUAUCCAGUGUUGCAAGACCAAGUGGGCGAGCCAUAUUCCAUUCAGGCUUAUGCCAAAGAAGGUGUUCCAACAGAAGGUCCUGUGACCAAGGUGGAGGACAUUGGUGUGAAGACAGUCACAAUCGCAUGGAAAGAGAUUCCCAAGAGUAAGAGAAAUGGUAUCAUCAGUAACUACACCAUAUUUUGCCAAGCCGAAGAUGGAAAAGAAUUCUCCAAGACAGUCAACUCCAGCAUGCUGCAGUAUGGCCUGGAGUCCCUGACACGAAAGACCUCUUACACUGUUCAGGUCAUGGCCAGCACCAGUGCUGGGGGAGCCAAUGGGACAACGAUAAAGUUUAAGACAUUGUCAAUCAGUGUCUUUGAGAUGUUCCUUAUAACUUCUCUGACUGGAGGAGGGCUUCUUAGUCUCAUCAUCCUGACAGUGGCAUAUGGUCUCAAAAAACCCAACAAAUUGACUCACCUGUGUUGGCCCAAUGUCCCCAAUCCUGCCAAAAGUAGUAUAGCCACAUGGCAUGGAGAUGAUUUCAAGAAUAAACUAAAUCUGAAGGAAUUUGAUGACUCCGUGAACCUGGAAGAAGACAGGAUCCUAAAACCAUAUUCUACCCCCAGUGACCUUAUUGACAAGUUGGUGGUGAACUUUGAGAAUUUUCUGGAAGACAUUUCUAUAGAGGAAGCUGGAAAGAGUCAGGAAAACAUUUUGGAAGAGGAAAAGAAUGAGUACAUGACUUACCCCUACAGGCCUGACUGUCCCCCAGGGAAGAGUUUUGAGGAGUCCCUGGUUUCCACUGAGAUUCCUCCCAGAAAAUCACAACACCUGCGUUUGAGAAUGCCGGAAGGGACCUGCUCAGAAGCCAAAGAGCAACUUCUCUUUUCUGGUCCGAGUUUAGGGCCAGACAAUCUCUGUGAGGAAGGAGCACCAAAUCCAUAUUUGAAAAAUUCAGUGACAACUAGAGAAUUUCUUGUGUCUGAAAGACUUCCAGAGCACACCAAGAGAAGUUUAAAUGCCACCGUGCCAUGAGACCCUUGGAGCCUCGGUGUGGAUGACCUUUGCCUAGAGAAAAUACCACCACGUUUCCAUGGCUCCUCCUCACCGUCCCCCUGCCCCCGAGCUGCUAGCUAAGCUUGGCUGACACAGAUGUGAACUGGUGCUGGGAAGAAGGAGGGAUGGUAAGAAGCCCCAGUGCUUUGUAGAGGAAAAGCAAUUUCUUGUCUUGUGUUCAGAAAGCAGGCUGUCACGAAGGCCUCCUGACAGAUUGACUUUGAAGGACAAGCCCAGGUUCUGAGCCCAAAGGAUUCCUGAGUUGGACAUACCUGGCUCCCCAGAAAUGGGGUCGUGGUCACAGCCUUUGCUGGGGCUCCUCCACAGAGUUCCAGGAGGGCCUUUCCCUGUCACCAGAGGAUGGUUGUUUAAUUGGUCCUUGGUCUGGUGGGAGCCUGGGCUCUGGGCUUCCCCUCUGAGACAGCCCUGAAAUGUUACUCUCCCUACACAGAGGGGCCGGAAAUGGAGUGGACCUUCCUAAGGGCGUGGCUGGGGCUUCUCCUAAUCCUCAUUAAAUCUCAAGUGUCUGCAGCAACACCGCACCCUGGACUCUUCACCCGCAUUUACAGCACAGUGACUGCUAACAAAUCAAGGAAGGAGGGAGGGUCCCAGAGGGGUGCCGGGGAGGGGACUCUGCUGGGUGCAGGUCUGCCAGUCUCCAGGCCACCUCCCAGCUCUGCUGCCCUCCCAUCUUGCCCCUGAGCCUGGCAGUAGAAAGGCACCAGACAUUGCA